AUGGCAUUCUUGCAAGUUAUACGGUUUUCAUGGACGCUUGUUUUUCUGCUCGCGCUGGACGCCGAGUCCCUGGAAAACGGCCUGGCUCGCACUCCACCCAUGGGUUGGAUCACGCGGACGAGAUUCAUGUGCAAUCAGUGCGCACUCGGCCGCUACGAAAACUGCCUCACUCACAGCCUUAUCACCGAGAUGGCUGACCGCCUGAUGUACGAUGGCUACAAGGCUGCUGGCUACGAGUACGUAAUUAUCGAUGACUGCUGGAGCUUCUAUUACCGCAGCCAAGGGAAGCUGAUUGGAGACACGCGGCGUUUUCCGCGGGGCAUAAAAGCAGUCGCUGAAGAGGUCCACGGCAGGGGACUCAAGUUUGGUAUCUACACCGACAUUGGGACGAAAACAUGCGGAGGCUACCCCGGAAGUUUCGGCUACUACAAAACUGACGCUCAGACGUUCGCUGACUGGGGAGUGGAUUACGUCAAAGUUGACGGCUGUUCUGCAGAUCCAAAGCAAAUGGACGAUUUGUACGUGGAAAUGGGCGAGGCUCUCCGGUCAACUGGAAGACGAAUGAUGUAUUCUUGUGAGUGGCCUCUGUACCAGCAGAAAGCUGGAAUUAUGCCCAACUACAAGAACAUAUCGAAAACGUGCAACUUGUGGCGGAACUACGACGACAUUGGCUAUUCCUGGGACAGCAUCUACAAUACUGUCAAAUAUGAAGCCACCAACCAAGAAAUAUUGGCAGAAGUGUCGGGGCCUGGCGCUUGGACUGAUCCCGACGCGAUUGUUACUGGAAACUACGGCUUGACAAUUGAGCAAGAGCGCAUCCAGAUGGCUUACUGGGCCAUAAUGGCAGCGCCUAUGAUCAUGUCGAACGACCUUCGAAGCAUUAAUAGGGAAUCCAAGGAACUGCUCCUCAACAAGUACAUAAUAGCUGUCAACCAAGAUCCGCUGGGACUAAUGGGAAGGCGCCUGUCAAAGAUAAAUAACACGGAGCUCUGGGCCAGAUGGGUAACUCCAAAACUGCCCGAUGGUCGCAUGUCCCUGGCUGUUCUUGUACACAACGCCAACGUCCUUGGUGGACCCUCGAGAAUAGUUCUUGGAAUCUCUGACCUAGACCUGGAUAGCCCAGACGGUUAUCAGGUCACCGACUUGGUUCGUGGCAACACAUUUAUCGGAGUCUUCUACCCAGGCCAGAGCCUCACAGUAACCCUGCCACCAUCGGAUCUUUUGUUCAUCAAGGCCACUGUGAUCCAAGUUUGAAAAGCUCAUGGGACAUCUGAAAAAACAUGAUAGUUGGUUUAGGUGUCUUAGAAAAACACUGGAAGCACCCUCGCAUCAAAUGUUUAUAAUUUAGGUGAAUUCCUUAGGUCAUUGUGAGCUAUGUCCUCACACUAUGCCUCUUCAUAGGCCUGUGAGGUCUUUCUAAAUAAAUAAAUAAUAGCACCGCGAAUUACGGUAUUGGCACAGCAUGAUCGUCCCAGUUCGCCUCUGUGUUAUUAUUCAUAUCCUAGCUGUAUCAUUUUGUCACGCCACUGGACGCUGUAUUACUCCCAUGAGAUGAGCUGACAGGGCGCCGUAGCAAUAUCUGUUGCCCGCCAUUGUGUC